GCCAAGGACGCCAAGGCAAAACUUUACCGCCGUGCGCUUCCAAGUGGUUUUAAUUCAAUUUUCGGGAUCAAAUGUACAAAAAUCAGAUUGAAUCCUCUCUUCUCAAACAAUAAAAACCUGGAGUUAUACACUUGGGCUAUGUAAUUCGGGUAAUUGGUCAAAGCCUUUACAUCGAAAUGGCUGUUCAAUGUCGGCUGUGCUGUCAUUAUUUCCGCCAAGUGAAUCCCAUGAUCAUCUUCAACCGGGAUGUUCUCGCCAAGGUCAAAGAUCUCACUGGAUUAUCGUUACGAGAAGAGAAGCACCUACCGCGUCAUAUUUGCCCAUCUUGUCUGAAAGACUUGAAUAUGUCAAUUAAGUUAAGGGAACGCAUUGGACGGAACCACAUGAAACUGAUGUCGAGAAAGGGAACCGAAAGUGACUCUGAUCUGGAAACUCAGGUGACAAAUGGAGAUUCGGAUGGGGCUUUCUCUUGUGAACUGGACAUGUCAGAAAUUAUAGAAAAUAUUUCAAAAGCAAGUGAAAGUGAUGCCGAAUCACAGGAGUUCUAUACUAAACUAAAUAUGGACAAUCAAAACAGUACACAGGAUUUCAUAGAAUUUAGCUUAGAUAUCUCUGAGUCUCCUGAUCUUGACUAUCUUCACAAACUGAAAAAUCAAGGAAAAGAGAGUGAUCAAGAGGACGACGACGAUCGUCAUGAAACUUACGAAAUCCAGUCUACUUUAGACAUCGACAAUCAAGCAUGGAAGCCAGAAUCUCCCAAUCUUGAUCAUCUCCGCAAAUAUCAGGCAAAUGAAAUUGAUCAAGCAUCAGAGGAUAACGAAGCAUGGUUUAAUGAGAAUAAUCCACAUUUCCAAAUUUUCUUUCAAGAUUCUUACUGUAAAGAAGCUGAAGAAUGCGAAAGUCGACUAUCUCUAGACCAAAAUCAUAUGAUCCAGGAAAUAGAUAGUGAUCAAGAAUACGACGAUAAUGCAGAUUCUCCAUUUUUUAAAAGAUCUAAAGGACCUCGACAGGGAUAUCGAAACGAAGUAUUGCUUGCGGCAAAAGAAUCUAAAAUAUUGAAAUACCAAUAUCAAAAAACCAAGACGUUUGAAAAUGAUCAAUUUGAGGACUUAAAAAAUUUUGAACUUUCUAAUUUAGCUCAACAAGGCAGUCAAAUUCCAAAAAAAGGUAAUAUACCUAAAGUUAAGACUUUGGUAGCAGCAGGAAAUGCAAUCUUAAAUGCUGAAAUAAGAGACCUUAAAGGAAAAAUCCAUAAAACAGAUGUGGUCGCUAAGAAGGUAAAGUCUUCAGAGGAAGAUGAAAACAUUCCGCCUGACAGAAAAAUGAGGACGCGGAAAACUCGAUCUCGAGAGUGCACUGAAUGUGGGAAGGUCUUGAAGAGCCUCAACAACCUAAAGUUGCAUAUGUUGCGCCACACUGGUAAAAAGGAUUUCAUCUGCAACUUGUGCGGCAGACGGUUUGUCUCCAUACACCUGCUGAAAUUGCACAAGAGAGUUCGCCAUUUGGGCGAACAGCCGUUUAAGUGCAGGUUUUGCCAGAAAUCUUUUUCUACCAGCACGGCCAAAAGCCGACACGAGGUAAUGAAACACGUCAGAGAUGGGAGCUACUUGUGCGAUGAGUGCGGCAGUCAAUUUCAUACCCAGACCUGUUUAAAUAACCACAAGGUCCUGCACGACGGCAAAAAACCAUUUUACUGUGAUAUAUGCCAUAUAAACUUUUCACGAAGGAAAAGUAUGAAAAGGCAUUUCCAAUCGCAGGCACACCAGAAAAAAGCAACCACAAUCCUGGACAUUGAACUGAGCUUAGACCUUGACGAAGCACAAACCGCCGUAAGCUCAAUCUUACCAGAUGAGCAAGAAUUUUUCAAUUAAGAUUGAACUAAUCAAUUUUUAAAUCAGAAAUAAUUUGUUUUGUUUAAACAUAAUGUGUAUAGGGCUUAAGACAAAUUUUUAUAGUCUUUAAAUGUAUUUUGUUUUUGGCACUGGAUUGCCUUUCGUUAUGUUUAGAUACUUUUACUUAUAUUGGACUUGAGAAACCUGUAAAUUAAUUCUUAUGACUCAUAACUUGUUCAAAUUAUUUAGUUAUAAUUUUCCGUGAAUGCUCUUUGUUUUUGGCAUUGAAUUACCUUUUAUAACUCUAAUUUUCAUCGUAACCGAACAAGCCCUUUUUCUUUAAAACAAAAACCCUUAGCAUAUAAGUUGAAGCCUACGAGAUGGUCAAAUUUGAUCUUACCAGGUAAAGUUUAAUUUAACAUGACAGCCAUUUAAUAAUUAUCAGUCAGGUUACGCCAGAAGAAAACUGAGGGAGCAGCAGCUACAAGGGAUUGAAGCAGUACCAGUGCCAGGAGUGCGACCGCAAGGAGCUUAACGCCCACCAGCUCAGGUUGCACGUGCGGAUCAAGCAUCAACGCGAAAAGCGCUUUAUGUGCAAGUACUGUGGCCAGCGAUUCGACAUAUGCAACAAGAGAUUGCGACAUGAACGGAUGCACGAAAAGGGCCAUGUUCAAGCACAGGGAUCUCCUCA